ACAGAUGUGCGGAGCAGAGGAGAGGCGGAGCCGGUGGGCGGAGCGGAGAGGGAGCGCUGUGACAUAAAGGAGGGCUUUUCUCUCUCCGUUCACCCCUAUUAUAUACCCGGCGUUCGGUCUUCCUUUUUUUUUUAUUCUUUUUUUUUUUGGGGGGGUGGGGGGUUCAUCCCUUUAAAAUCAUCAUGGCCGCCAAGUCGGACGGGAUGCUGAAGAUGAAGAAGAACGACGUCGCCUUCACCCCUCUGCAGAACUCGGAUCACUCGGGCUCCGUGCAGGGCUUGGUUUCGGGUUCCCAGCCGGGAUCGGGUACCGGGGACGGGGGUUGCUCGGACGGGGGUUCCCGGUGCUGCUGUAGCGGGAGAGCGGCUGUCGGUGUCGGGUCUCCUUCGCUGUGUCUGCGGCUGGGAAGGGAGCAGCAGCGGUACACCGUCUGGGAUGGUCUGUGGAUCCUGGCCGCCGUCACCGUGUACCUGGCCGAUGUGGGCAGUGACAUCUGGCUGUCCGCCGAUUACUAUGUGCGGGGUCAGCGCUGGUGGUUCGGGCUGACCUUGUUCUUCGUGGUGCUCGGCUCCCUCUCCGUCCAGGUCUUCAGCUUCAGGUGGUUCGCUCAUGAUUUCAGCACCGAGAACAGCUCCCAGUGCACGCCGGUGGAGGGCAAGGCGGCCGGGGGAGCCGCUAAUACCGGAACCGGAGGAGGGGGAGGGGAGCUGGACCGACCCGCCACCCCACAGAGACAACCUUCCACCGCCAGCAACAAACCCAACACCCCGGCCAGCACCCCCCGGCCAGCACCCGGACAGUCCGCCUCCUGCUCCUUCUGUAUCUGGACCCUCCAAUCACUCAUCCAUAUCCUACAGCUGGGACAGCUCUGGAGGUAUUUCCAUACUAUAUACUUAGGGAUCCGCAGCAGGAGAAGUGGAGACAAUGACAGAUGGAGGUUCUACUGGAAGAUGGUAUACGAGUAUGCAGAUGUGAGUAUGCUGCAUUUGCUCGCCACAUUUCUAGAGAGCGCUCCACAGCUUGUCCUGCAGCUCUGCAUUGUCAUACAGACUCGGAGCUUACAGGCUGUUCAAGGUCUUACAGCUGCUGCAUCGUUGGUAUCCCUAGCAUGGGCCCUGGCAUCCUAUCAGAAAGCAUUAAGAGAUUCGAGAGAUGACAAGAAACCCAUCAGUUACAUAGCUGUAAUCAUCCAGUUCUGUUGGCAUUUCUUCACCAUCGCUGCCAGAGUGAUAACGUUUGCUCUCUUUGCUUCAGUUUUCCAACUCUACUUUGGAAUAUUUAUUGUACUUCACUGGUGUAUCAUGACCUUUUGGAUUGUGCAUUGUGAAACAGAAUUCUGCAUCACUAAGUGGGAGGAGAUUGUGUUUGAUAUGGUGGUUGGAAUAAUCUAUAUCUUUAGUUGGUUUAACGUCAAGGAAGGAAGGACACGGUGUCGGCUAUUUAUUUAUUACUUUGUCAUCCUUCUGGAAAACACCGCCUUGAGUACCCUGUGGUAUUUGUACAAGGCCCCCCAAAUCCUGGAUGCAUUUGCUAUUCCAGCACUGUGUGUAGUGUUUAGCAGCUUUUUAACUGGUAUUGUUUUUAUGCUUAUGUACUAUGCCUUCUUUCACCCUAAUGGACCUAGAUUUGGCCAAUCACCGAGCUGUGCUUGUGAAGAUCCCAUAUCUGCAUUUCCCUUGCCCCCUGAGGUGGCCUCAAACACUCUUAGAUCUAUGUCCAAUAACAGGAGUGUGGCCAGCGAUCAGAAAUAUACAGAAAGAGACGGCUGCAUGCCAGUAUUUCAAGUGAGGCCUACAGCCCCUUCUACACCAUCCUCAAGGCCUCCAAGGAUUGAAGAAUCUGUUAUCAAAAUUGACCUGUUUAGAAACAGGUAUCCAGCCUGGGAGAGACAUGUGUUGGAUAGAAGCCUACGUAAGGCAAUUUUAGCUUUUGAAUGUUCACCUACUCCCCCUCGGCUGCAGUAUAAAGACGAUGCACUUAUUCAGGAACGUCUGGAAUAUGAAACCACGUUGUAACAGCAGCGAAAGGAAAUCCUGACAUCCAGGUGUUUAAAAAGCCACAAUGAUAAUCUGAACAAUAAGCACUGUCAACUGGUCGGUGGCUGAAAAAAACUGUUUAACCUUUACAGAGCAAAAAGCCAUGGCAAGUAAAGUCAUGGAAAACAAAUAAAAUGGCUAGUCAUCAUGAUUAUCAUUCUUUCAGACACUCUGAUAUAUCAAAGUGAAAGUUUUGCUUGUGCAUUUUAGGACAGAAGAAAUUCAGUGGGGAGAAAACAUGCAAACAAGGGCAGGACAGUAGACCUAUGUAGUGUAGUGUUGUCUAGUGCUGUGAUUAUUAUUCAUAUAGAAGUCAUUAUUGUCUCAAGAUUUGUAAUGUCUACAAGGUUUUAUAUGUAAUGACCCUGAAUCAUGCUACAGCCAACAGUCUAUACGCUGCAGGUCUCUGUUCCACAUGUCAAAAAUUUUGCAAUAGAAAGCUACCACCCAUAUAUUCCAGUUGUCCUGAUUUGGUAUGGCAUCAGAAAAUGUUUGCAUAUCCCUAAAGUGGCAUGUUCACAAAAACACAUAUGGCCUAGCCCAACUAUAUGUGUGAAUCCAAGAACCACAGAGGAGCAGAUGACCCUGUUUGCAACAUGCCAAGUAAUGGAAACAUUUUAUGAACACAUCAGGACUGAGUUUGGGUCUGAUCUUUGUGACCCAAUUUUUAUAUCCAUACAAACUAUAUUCUGUAGUGCAAACAUACACAGUACAGUGAGUAUUUAUUUUCCUAGAAAAUCUUAAGGAAAUGUGUCUUAUCACAAACGUCAAUAACAAUUCACCCAAAAAGGCUGCUACCUAUUUCCCCUUAAAUCAUUCAUCUACACCAGUAGCUAGUUGAGAAAACAGCAAUGAAUUCUGUGAAGUUGUGAGAAUUGUGAAACACCUGUGAUGACAUGAAACAUCACAGGACACUGGUCAAAAAUGAUAAUCAUGAUGACAUACCCGGAUGACAAACAAAGAUUUGUCAUGGUGGUGGAAAGUUAUGUGAUGGGGAUAAAAGUGUCUGGUUUCUUGUACUAUACAGGAGAUCAGUUCAGGACUCUGAAUGCAUGGCUCCAUGUGAUUUAUGCAGGUAUGAUAUAAAAUAUGAACUGAUGCCAUACCCUCCUAGUGCCAAACAUUACAUAGUGUAAGUGACUGCCCUGAUUUCUGAGGAACACACAAUAUGUGGCAUGUUGAGCCGUGCAAGAGUAUGAAACCAGACGAAGUGCACCAGUUCUCCACAUGUACAGACAACUCACCUUUUAUACCUAUAACUAAGUGAUAACUUUUAGGCUUUGGGGUUGUCUACUAGUAAGUAUACACAGUGCCGUAGAAUAAAAUACAUUUGUCGAAGACCACUAUGA